UAUGGUGUCGUGGCGUUGUGCAACGGCUUUACGUUAAUAUAAUAAGGGAACACAGUACACGUAGAACGCUUUUCUUUAGUUCUAUAAUAUAUUAUAAACCCGCAUCGCAUACUAUAUUCCCUGCAUUUUCAAGAGAUCAAAAUGAGGCGCCCUGGAUUAGGCGAAGGGGCACAAACAGGAAAUUAUGUGGCAAGUGGAUACAGUGUUUAUGAGGAAGAAAACGAACAUUUACAAGAGGGUUUAAGAGCCAAAGUCAGUGCUUUGAAACAUCUUUCAAUUGAUAUUGGAACUGAAGUUAAGGACCAAAAUAAAGUGUUGCAAGAUAUGGACACAGAUUUUGAGUCUUCUGGUGGUCUUUUGGGGGCUACUAUGGGUAGACUGAAGCUUCUGGCCAGGGGCAGUCAAACCCGGAUCUUCUGCUACGUGUUUCUGUUUGCACUUUUUGUCUUCUUCGUCCUCUAUUGGGUGAUCAAACUUAGGUGAUACCGAUCUCUCCAAUUUGUGCCAUGCUUUUCUGGACCGUGUACUCAGGAUGAAAAGAGCAUCACUUUUUAUAAUGAAUGUGAAUCUGUAACGUCAUCCCACAUUUCUUUAAUUGAAGAUGUACAAUGUAGUGGAUGAUGCUCUUGCAAAUCGAGAAGGAAAAACACUGCCAUGGAUCAUUACCAUCCACCAGUCACACAUUUUUUAGAGUGUAAAAGGGUCUGAUGUGAUAUUUUCUUGAUCCGGUUAGUGGGGGAAAUGACAUUGCUUCUCAUACAUAGAAAGGUUUUCAUGUAGCUAGUAGUUCUGCAGGAUGUCAUCUGCAUGUAAAUUAUUUCAGUACUUCAAAUUGUGAGAAGGUAAAACCAUUAUCAAAUCAUUUUUGAUAAUUUAAGAAAUAGCAAUGAAUAAUAGUUUAUAUUGUUGAGUCUAACGUAGAUUCACUGUUUUCCAACCAGAACACAGGGAAGCGGCCGCUUCCACCUGAAGUUAACGUCCAUUCAAUUGUAGUUUUUGCUUAUUGACUCUCAAACCACUUUGAUCGAUGUGAAUUGGACUAAUAAGUAUAGAGAAAACGACAAACAACUGCACAGAAGUAUUUCUUUUUAUUUUUAGUCAUUAAAGUUGCACUGUUCGGAACAUGGUGAGCUAACUUGGUGUUCGGAACACGGUGAGUUUAUGUUUCCCGCAGAAAGUAUUGAUACUGUUUGAAUAUGGAUUUACUCCACUGGAAAGCUACAUUGUUUUUUUUUUUAUCCAUAUAUAGGCCAAACUAUUUUUGGAAAGGUGUAAGGGAAAACAUCAUUAACUAAUAUUACUUUUAACUGCUGACAUUUGGGUCAAUGUACAAUUUUUGAAGCAGUCUUAAACUGUACAAUUCUUGUCUCGUUUUCCCCAAAAUGACACUUACCUUACCACUUACCUUUCAUCCAAGGAUAUGAUAUUUUUCUUCAGCAGGGGUGUUUAACUGAAUAUUUAUAUGUCCAGUAAACUAAAUGGAGCUGUUCAUAUUACUCUGGGUUUCAAAUAGCCAUCCAAUUUAAAGAAUGGGCGGCCUGUACCCAGUGGUUAAGGUAAAUGACUGAGACACACCCCGGUGUGGCCACAAUAAGAUCCGCACAGCCGUUGGGCCCUUGAGCAAGGCCCUUAACCCUGCAUUGCUCCAGGGGAGGAUUGUCUCCUGCUUAGUCUAAUCAACUGUACGUCGCUCUGGAUAAGAGCGUCAGCUAAAUGCCAAUAAUGUAAUGUAAUGUAAUUAGAGAACUGAUCAUAACACAUUUCUGGCGAAUGUGAAUUUGGACCCGGAAACUUUCACUUUGACAUAUGCAGUUCUUCCAUAUCGAGCUAGAUGUCCAGUGUCAUUUACAUCAUCUCUGUUUAUGUUCUCCUACCUGUAUGGAAUAACACAACACAAAUAAACUAUUUCUGUAUAUCA